GGAGGGGAAGAUGGAGGAAUUCGUGAGGUUCCGCGAGUGUACCAAGCCGUAGGUUGAGCAGCGGUACCUAAGAUAGCUAACCUCGAUGCUACCUCUCGGGCAACCUUGCCUCUGGGUUUCCCUGUAGGUACCUCGGGCGGCUACGUGGCUAGAAGCAGUGUUGCACUGGUGAUACACGGAUUCGGUACCCUCCCCCGGUCUCGUGGCGCCUUAGGGUUGUGCCUUCGGGAUGUACCUCAGGUACCGCACCGCCCUCGGUCGCCUGACAGUGGACGUUAGCGGGCUUCUGCCCUAUCGGCGAGCCUAUCUAGGCACCCAAGCUGGCUAAAAUGCCUCGCUAGCAGCGCUAACCUCGCUACAACCCCCACCACCACCCCGGACCAGCGUUCCAUCCCGAACCUACCGCCAAACGCGUCUCCCCGCUCCCUCUCUCCUCUCUCGAGGAAUCAUGACGCGUCGCUUUCUACAGACCGAAGAAGCUCGUUUACCUCCUCGCGAAAUACCAUUUCCCCUCCCCUCCCCAACCCAAUAACAGCUCGCUUCGCGCGACGAGGCACGGGAAUAGAUUGCUACCUCGUACACCGGAUGCAUCUCGUGCUAUGAGACCACCACCACCUCCUGUCCCACGAAUAACCGCCGGUAGUCCAACCCACCACCAUGUCCAAGAUAGACAAGCUGUCCAUCUCAGGUGUCCGCUCCUUCAGUCCCCUCUCGCGCGAGACCAUCCAGUUCUACACCCCGCUCACCCUCAUCGUCGGAUACAACGGCUCGGGCAAGACCACCAUAAUCGAAUGCUUGAAGUAUGCCACCACCGGUGAGCUCCCCCCCAACAGCAAGGGGGGAGCUUUCAUCCACGACCCCAAGCUCUGCGGCGAGCGAGAGGUUUUAGCACAGGUCAAGCUGAAGUUCACGGUCCCGCCUGAGACCACCUAUGUUGUCACCCGGAGCCUGCAGCUCACCGUCAAGAAGACUACGCGGUCGCAGAAGACCCUGGAGGGUACCCUGCUGACCGACCGCGGCGGUGAGAAGAACUCGGCAUCCUCCAAGGUCAUCGCCCUCGACACUGCCGUCCCGAACGCUUUGGGCGUGGCCCCGGCAAUACUGGAUGCCGUCAUCUUCUGCCACCAAGACGAGUCUCUGUGGCCGAUGAGCGAGCCUGCUGCUCUCAAGAAACGAUUCGACGAAAUAUUCGAGGCGAUGAAGUAUACCAAGGCGAUUGAGAAUCUCAAGAUGCUGCGGAAGAAGCAAGGGGAGCAAUUGCAACAGCUGAAGAUCUUCGAGAGUCAGGAAAAGGUGAACAAGGAGAGGGGGGAGCAGUGCGAGAAGCGUUCUAUCGCGCUACAAAAUGAGAUAGAGACGCUGAGGGACAAGUGCGAGGAACUGCGCCAGAAGAUGCAGAUGGCGGAGCAGAACGCUAGGGAAAUGCACGAACAGGCGAACAGUUUUCUCAGCAUCGUCAACGACUUGAAAUUCAAGAAGCAGCAGCUUAGUAUCCGACAGGAGAACUUGGAGGACACGAGGUCCAGGAUGGAUGAGUUGCCCGAGUCCGACGAUCAGUUGCAAGAUGCCUUGACGCAGCACGAGGAGCGGGCAUCUAGGUACCAAGAGGACCUCCAGGCGAAUAUAUCGCAAUACAACCAGUAUCAGAAGAACCUCACCGAGUCUCGUAGCGAGAUGCAACGCAAGUUGGCGGAGCAGGGCAUGCACCAGUCCGAUAAGGCGAAAUACGAGCGCCAGCUAGCCGCGCGUGUCGAGCACAUCCACCAGACAGCUGAGCUGCAUAGUAUCCGCGGCUUCGACGGCGACCUGGAUGAUCGCAAAGUGCAGUCGUUCCAGGAGCGGAUCCAAAAGCUGUUAGCCGAUAAGAAAAGAGAGCUUGAACAUCUACAGGGCGAGAACGCCAGGGACCUGGACGAAAAGGGCGCGGUGAUCACCGGCCUUGAAGGGCAGAAGGCUCAGCAUACGCAGAAUCGCGUUUUCGCAAGACAGGCAAUUGCCAAGAUCGAGAAGCGAAUCGCAGCUCUCCAGAGAGACCUCAACUCCGUAGAGGUUGACGAAGGCAGCAAGGCGCUACUGGACUCAUCCUUCAAAGACGUCGAGAGCCAACUCGCACAGGCUUCCCAGGACUUGCAGGAGGCCGAUUUCGACGCGAGACUGCGCGAGGAAGAGAGCAAGCUACAUCGGGUCGAAGCCGAGAAUAGCAAACUGGGUCGCGAACUGGUUGAAUCCACCCGACUCCUGGCGGAUCGGGCGCAGCUGGACGUCCGCAAGAUGGAAUUGGUCGAGAAAAAACGGAAAUUGGACACGCUUACCAGCACGUGGAGUAGUAAGAUAUCUAGCAUGGUAAACGGUUCGUGGGAACCGUCGACGAUCGACCGCGAGUUCCACAAGGCGCUUCAGUUGAAGAAUGAAGCCUAUGAUGAAGCCUCCCGGAAACGUGACGAUGUCGUCCAGCAAUUCAAGCAAGUGCAAUUCACACGCUCAAGCUCACAAGCGAAAGCCAAGAAGCGCGGCGAGGAGAUAGAACGAUGCAAAUCGGCCGUUCUCGGAGCGCUGAAGGCGGUAGAUCCCACGACCGAGCCCAGCGUUGAUAAACUACCACUCGAGAUCGAACGUCUCGAGGAUGUGAUCCUCACCUUGGAGAAGGAUAUGACACUAUUUGAACACUUGAAGGAGUAUUACAUGAAGUGCCAGAAGACACUGAAUAAGCAGAACCGAUGUGAACUCUGCGAUCGCACAUUUGCUGAUGCCGGUGACAAGUCUCGAUUGGUUCGGAAGAUCAAGGAAGCACUCGAGGACGCGAAGAAGGAAGAGAUGCAAACGGAAUUAGCCGAGUACGAAGAGCUACUGGGGAAUCUGCGGGCAGUGCGUCCUCAAAGCGAACUCUACACCCGACUCAUGGCGGAGAAGGAGGAGUCCGAUAGGGAGAUCCGGGUAGCAACAGAGAGGGAAGAGAGUAUGGUGCAGAGCGUCGAAGAGAUGGACGAGGUCGUCCGGGUAAAACAAGAGGAGAAGCAAGAUCUCGAGUCCAUGAGCAAGACCGUUCUCAACAUCUCUCAGACAUGUAAAGAGAUCGAGGAGGCCGAGGCCCAAGUCGAGAGGAUUAUGACCCAGCAACAGUCCAGCGGUGCGGUCCGAAGCACCCAGGAGAUCCACGAGCUUCAGGACAGAUGCGCCGAGCAGAUGCGCGCAGUGAAGAGCGACAUUUCGAAAUUGUCGAGCGAUAAGCAGCGCAUGCGGGACCUGAUCAACUCGCUAGAGCUCGAGCGGAGCCGAUUGAGCAACAGGAUCAACAACGCAGUUCGUCAGCUCGAGAGGAAGAAAGACUUUGAAGACCAGAUCGAGGCCCAGAAGGACGACAUGAACAAACAGAAAGAGGCCAUCCAGCAAGCAGAUCACGAAUUGACGUCGGUCAUGCCCGAGAUCGCCAAGGCCAGGACUAUCCGAGAAGAUACGCUACAGAGAGGGCGCGCGAAAGAGAAGAAGGCCGCUGACGAGCGAGACGGAUUCGCGGCAUCGGCCAACGAGCUGAGACUGAUCAACACGGAUAUACAAGACUACCUUGACCGCGGCGGGCCGUCACUCCUCGCCGCAAAUGAGCGGGCGAUUCAAGCGCUCGACAAGAGCAUUAAACGUAUCGAGAAGGACAUGAACGACCUCGCCGCGCGCACUAACAAGCUCAAGGAGGAGAUUGCCACCAGCGCCGGAAACAAGAAGAAUAUUUUGGACAAUCUUAACUAUCGCAAGACUAUCCGCGACAUCGAGAGGCUGAGGGAGGAAAUUGAGGAGCUCGAAUCGCGCAACGCGAACGAAGACUACGAACGUCUCGACAGAGAAGCAAAGCUAUGGGAGUCUCAGCGGCACGUGAUGAAUGCGGAGCGAGGCUCGACGAUGGGGACGAUGCGGUCGAAGGACGAGGAGCUGGCGCGGCUGCUCCAGGAGUGGGAGACGGACUACCGCGAAGCGGCGCAUAAAUAUCGCGAGACCCAUAUCAAGGUCGAGACGACGAAGGCGGCGAUCGAGGACCUGGGCAAGUACGGGGCGGCGCUCAACAACGCCAUCAUGAAGUACCACGCGCUCAAGAUGGAAGAGGUGAACCGGAUCGCGGGGGAGCUGUGGCAGAGCACGUACCAGGGCACGGACAUCGACACGAUCCUGAUCAAGUCGGACAGCGAGACGGCGACGGGGCGGAGCUCGUACAACUACCGGGUGUGCAUGGUGAAGCAGGACACGGAGAUGGACAUGCGGGGGCGGUGCUCGGCGGGGCAGAAGGUGCUGGCGUCCAUCAUCAUCCGGCUGGCGCUGGCGGAGUCGUUCGGGAUCGGGUGCGGGCUGAUCGCGCUGGACGAGCCGACGACGAACCUGGACCGCGACAACAUCCGCAGCCUGGCGGAGAGCCUGCACGCCAUCAUCAAGGCGCGCAAGGCGCAGGCCAACUUCCAGCUCAUCGUCAUCACCCACGACGAGGAGUUCCUGCGCCACAUGCGCUGCUCCGACUUCUGCGACUACUUCUGGCGCGUCAAGCGCGACGACCGCCAGAACAGCGUCAUCGAGCGCGAGAGCAUCUCGAACGUCGUCUAGGGCGUCUGCCGCUCCGCCCCGUCCCGUCCCCCUCCCCUUUCCCCUUCGCGGGCAGUUUUUGGCUUUGGGGUUGCCGGCCCUGCACCGGGAAGAACGGGCGCGCACGUGAAGAUGAGCAGGAUGAAGGGAGGAUGAAGAUAUACACGUGUAUAUACGCGCCAAGAGCCAGACACACACGUCCCUCCUACCUACGCAAGAUGCCCACAAGGACGAAGUGCAUGCACACGUGACGUAGCAAGGCAAGCCAGACAAGCCCGUCCUGGUUUAGGCAGCCAGCUAAGGCGGUAAGCGUGCCCGGCUGUGUCGGCAUUGGGGACGAAGAUAAUCGACAACGCCCGUCCGGGGUGGGCGGCUUGGACCAGCGUUGCGGUACACUGGUAAGCGAGGCAGGCUGGUACUGUGCAAGCCCCGGGGAGGUCCCGUAGAUGCUGCUGCCUGACUUCCUGUUUGAACUGGCCGCCGCUGCGGAGCCAGCAGAUGUCUGCGACCGCGGCCGGGGAUGGAUGGUCAUCCUAUGCAUGUUCUCUGGAGAGCAGGGCGAAGGAGAACAAAGAUGUCACCCCAAUACACGAGGGUAGGAUCGUUAUUCCUCCCGGUAGAGGAGGGGUUACCGCGUCCGUCUGCUUCGACCAGCACUGAGAAGCAGAUAGGUGAUAAGAAAUGAAAAUGAAUAGCAAUACUAUUCAUAAGUAGUUACAUAGUGUUGAAUGAAAAUAAAAUAAAAAGUACCUGAAAUAAUCGUUUCGUAAC